GCUUCAUGAUGGUUUCAGCCGCCUUACCCCUUGCACUUUCUCCUCUGCAGUCGUCUUCUUUAAUCAGUUUGCCGUUGAGUAUACCUUCAUAUGUAACCAUUUAAGUCUAUUGACUUUUAGCUUAAUAUAAACAUUUCUCGUCAAAAAAGAAUUUCUCCUAUAAUAUAUUAUUGAUGUGGAUAAUAAAAUAAUGAUACAGACAUCUAAAUUCUUCUAAAUUUAUAUAUUGUUGUUCAAAAUAAACAAUGGGAACCGGUCAGCAAAUUUUCAGUAUGGUAAAAAAAAAUAUUAGGGUGCUGAGAAGGUCAACCGUGUAGAUUUGUAAUUAUUUGAAACCAAAUUAGCAACACUAAUUUGCUAUUUUUAUAAUCACACUAAACAAUAACAACCAAUUCUAAACAAUUAAUAAUAGCAAAUUAUGAAGUUUGUUUCUUGCUUUUCCUUUUUUUUUAAUUACCAUUCUUUCAAUCUUAGGGGGUGUUAGUGAGAGUUAGAUUUAUGAUGAUUGUUAGAAUUUAUAGAAUCUAGUGUUAUUGGUUUACACAUUUUCAUAUUCUCAUUAAAAUCUAGUGUUAUUGGUUUCAUGAUUUAGUAAUUCUAUACACAAUCUUUUGUUAUUCAAAAAAGUCUAGAUUUUAAUGAUUCUUUAAAUCUAUUAAAGUUGGUGUUAUUGGGAGUUGUAUUCUUCACCAUUUAACUCAUAACACAAGAUUUUGAGAAUACUACUUAUAUACCUUAGAUUCUUAGAAUCAUUAUAUCAAUGUAUUUUCAUAGAAUUCACAAUAUACAAAACUCUCUACAACUCUUUCCAAAUUUAACAAAUUUCUCAACUUUUAAAAUCAACAAACUCUAUAUAAAUCUUACUCCCACUAACACUCCCUUAGAUUAUUUCUUUCCAAAUUGUUCUAUUAAGCAGCCUUGGGUUUUUUUCCCAAGGUUCCCCAUUAAACCUUGAGUUAAAAAUCAAAAACAAUGGAUAAGCCUUUAGGCACCUUUUUCAUCCUCCUCCUUAUUUCCCCCAUCGUUGUUGCGACCAUCAACGAGGAAACUUCAUUCCCAGAAAACGCUCAUCUCACAAAUAACUUAGACCAAAAAUGCGUUGACAUCAUUAAAGUUGAUCCGAGCCUCAAAUUUGAAAAUGAUCGUCUAAAAAGAGCUUAUAUUGCUCUUCAAGCCUGGAAGAAAGCUAUAUAUUCUGACCCGUUUAAAACCACAAAAAACUGGGUGGGACCCGAUGUGUGUUCUUACAACGGAGUUUAUUGUGCGGAAGCUCUUGAUGAUCCCAGCCUCAAGGUUGUUGCUGGUGUUGAUUUGAACUAUGCGGAUAUUGCCGGACAUUUACCAGCAGAGCUAGCUCUUAUUACCGAUCUAGCUAUGUUUCACAUCAACUCGAAUCGGUUUUGUGGGAUUAUCCCCAAAAGUUUAUCAAAACUCGCGUUGAUGUAUGAGUUUGAUGUUAGCAAUAAUCGGUUUGUUGGUCCGUUUCCGGAAGUUUCACUCUCGUGGCCGUCUUUGAAGUUCCUCGAUCUAAGGUACAACGAGUUUGAAGGAUGUUUGCCGUCAGAAAUAUUUGAUAAAAAUCUUGACGCCAUUUUUUUGAAUAAUAACCGGUUUGAAUCGGUUAUCCCCGAUACGAUUGGUAAAUCGGCUGCUUCGGUUGUGACAUUUGCAAACAAUAAAUUCAGUGGGUGUAUACCGAGAUCGAUCGGUCAGAUGAAAAAUCUGAACGAGGUUAUUUUCACUGGAAACAAUUUAACCGGUUGUUUCCCGAACGAGAUCGGUUCUCUUAAUAAUGUGACAGUUUUUGAUGCGAGCAAUAACGGGUUUAUUGGUAGUUUACCGUUGACCUUGUCCAGUUUAUCAAGAGUUGAGCAGUUGGAUUUGUCCAAUAAUAAGUUAACCGGAUCUGUUGUCGACACAUUUUGCAAACUCCCUAAUUUGGAAAGAUUUAAGUUUUCUUACAAUUAUUUCAAUGGAGAAGCUGAGAGUUGUGUUCAUGGGAAAAACAAUGGGAAACAGUUUGAUGACAGGAGUAAUUGUUUGAAGAACAGACCGGAUCAGAAAUCUGUUAAUCAGUGUGUACCGGUGGUUAGUCGUCCUGUGGAUUGUAGCAAGGACAAAUGUUCUGGCGGUAGUCAAGGUGGCUCUCCACCUUCAAUAAAGACGCCAGAAAUUAUUCCACCCAAACCGAAAGAACUUGUUAUACCAAAGCCUGAAGAAUCACCUAAACCGGAACCACAAAACCCAUUAAGACCUGAAACACCAACAACUAAUGUACAACAACCUAUACCUGAGCAUGAGCCACCAAAACAUGAAUCUCCUAAACCAGAAAACCCGACAAACAAACCUGAACUACCAAAACCAGAAGAGACACCUAAACCACAACCACCUAAAUCUGAAGAAUCUCCUAAACCUGAACCACCAAAAACUUCAGAGACUCCUGAACCAGUUUCACCACCAAAGGAAGAUCCAUAUAAUGCAUCUCCGGUUAAAAACCGUCGUCCGCCACCACCACCACCACCCAAGGUAAAAGAAAUACAGGUACCACCACCUCAACCACCAAUGCCAUCUUCGCCACCACCUCCUGUUUAUUCUUCUCCUCCACCUCCAGCACCUAUUAAUUCUCCACCUCCGCCAGUUGCCUCUCCUCCGCCUCCAUCACCACCUCCACCAGUUAACUCUCCUCCUCCACCACUCAUUUUCUCUCCGCCACCACCAUCACCAGUAUACUCACCACCGCCUCCAAUUCAUUCCCCACCGCCACCAGCACAUAUAAUAAUUCAACCACCAAUCCAAGCUCCAACACCCGUUCAAGCCCCAUCAUCAGAAUCGGAUCAAUCACCUGUUUCGUCACCAGUUCAAAGUCCAACACCGAUUCAGUCCCCAACCCCAUCAUCGGUAUUAGAUCAACCAACAAUUGAUGCUCAAUCACCAGGUCAAACCCCAACACCAUUAAAUGAACCGGCCUCAUCACCAAAAGAAGCAGAAGAUCGUGAUGCGCCAGAACCAUCACUCUCUACGCCCUCACCGUCACCUUCUCCAUCCGAAAAUGUUGCCCCACCACCGGAAAACAACAACCACAGCGGUUUUAAUCUACCACCACAUAUUGGAUUUGGAUAUGGGUCUCCUCCACCACCGAUGUUUCCUGGCUACUAAGAAAACUAUUUGUGACGUUUUACACAAAAAAAUAGCAUUUUUAUCCAUUUUUCAUGCUAGUUUAAUCGUAACAAAAGAUUUUUGAAAAAAAAAAAUGCCAGUUACAGUUUGAGCAUUGCAUAUUUUGUUUGUUAGAUUACUUGUAGUAGAAGAUAUUUGUAAAAUGUAACAUAAUACUAUCCUUUUUGUAAAGUAUCCAUCCCUUUUAAGUGUUUAUAUGUCUAUCACUAAAA